AAUCUUUUCUAGUAGUACUAAGUUUGUUUCCGUUUAGGAUCGAUUCGUGUGGUUUUAGCGUUUGGAAUGGCGCAGUGAUUUGGUCUCUCUGGUUUGGUUUCCUGUUUUAAUGGAACAGUUCGAGGGGAGACACGAAUAGCCGAUUAGGAAUUCGCGGAUUGUUUUCAUCAUUUUUUUCUCGGUUCUUUUUAUGGGAAUUUGGAUUUUUCUAGGCAUGAAUUUUUUGUAUUCUGCUGCGCAAAUUUAGCCGAGGAUUUGUGGAGUUCCCCCGAGAACAAAGCACUCGCCCACCACCGAAAAUUCCGGUCGUUUUAAUAGAGGGAAAGUUUCAAAUUUUCAUUUCUGUCGGUACGAAAACGGGUGAGCUUUUAACUCUCUCGGAUCGCUUUAUCGCCACGAUGAUCGGAUUUUUGUUCCUUUUAAUGGCGCGCAUAGUCGAGAAUCUUUAAUGUUCUUUCAACCCCAGCAAAUCAGCAAUCCCUUUUCUGUUCAUGUUUUCAUUUUGCUACAGCCGCCAGAUUUAUAGCACUCAAUUAAUGCUAAAUGAUUUUGAAAAGUGCGAAACUUUAAUCCGUCUGAUUGCAGGUUCAGUGUACUCCUAAAUCAUUUUAUUGAAGGGGAAAAACAAGGAAAGCGAAGAGUCAAAAUUUCUUCCUUUUGUUUUAGGCCUGCAUUUCUGCCACAGAAUUUCGUUGUUUUUUUUUUUCCUCUCUCUCUUUGAACACCUUAAUAAAGGACGCGGUUUUAAUGGCCAACUACUCGCCUACGCCCUGAGCCUGCGUGGCCAUCGGCGUAGAGGUAGGAUAGCCGGCGCGCGGCGGCUGCGCACGUCGCUGACAGGUGGGCCCGUGCUGCCAGCCAGCCAAGCACCGGCACUGCGCGGUAGCAGCAGUUUUUACGGUGCCAGCCGCCCCCUAGUCGAAAGAAUCAAAGAACUCUCUUUUACUUUUGUCCCUUUUUAGCCUUUCUGCGCUGUUUUUAGCUGUUGCUUUGUCUCGGUUACUUGGGAUCUGCGCCCCCGUGUGGGUUCUUGGGGUUGGGGUUGGGCUCUCCUGUUCCUGUUCCUGCUCCUCAUGUUGGGUGGGAUCCCCGAGGUUGGGUUUUGCGUGCGUGGUUGGUGAGUUAUUGGUUCAGGGAACAGUUGGCGUGGGGAGAGGCAAGGAGCAUCCUGUGCUUUGUUCUUGUUUGUUUUUCUUGAUGACAUUUUGAGCACCGCGUGCUAACUUCACAGAGGGUGAGAGAACCCCCCUCUGUGUUGAUUCUUUUUCUUGGGCUAGAAGUAUUUCGGUUAGAUAUGCCAAGUUCCGAAUCAGACAGGGAUGAUAUCUUCUUUGAUGCAUUUGAUGAUGUUACUUCAACAAGGGAGCCUUCAUUGUCAGAUGAUUGCAGCACAAGUGACGAAGGAUUAGCAUCAAGGAGAUUUGAGUAUGAUAUUUGGGGAAACGAGCCAAUGAGUGUUGAAGAAAGGCGGCAAAGGUUCCUGAAGGGAAUGGGGUUUGAUGAAUUUCUUGCUACCAGAGUGGAUUUUUCUCAACCACAGGGAGAAAUCACAACUGUUGGUCCUUUCGCUGACUUGGGGUUGGAGGAGAGUACUACCAGUGACAUUUCUUCCGUGAAUUCAUCUGUUCCUGAGAAUGAAUCAGUUUCUGAUGCCUCCUGUUGCAUAGGAGAUAUUGACAGUGGCGAGAGAUACACAGUUCAGAAUGAUGGAUACGGCGAAUUGACUAGCAUGCUUAAGGAUGUGGCAUCACAUAAGGUGGUGUCUCUUCUGGAGUUUGAUGGCGUACCAGGCCUUUCUCAAUCUGUUCAAAAGUUGUUGCGCAAGGUGUAUAGCAGUUCUAUGGAAGAGAAAAAGAAUGUGUUUAAUAAGAAAAAGGGUGUCAAGAGCUUGUGGAAGAGCUUCAUGAAAAACAGGAGUUUUGGUGGAAUUUGCAAGCACGACGUCAAUGUAAAAAACUGCACAAUAGGCAUACCAUCCAGAACAAAAGUUCAACAUCGAAAGAAAAAAACUAUGGAAUUUUCUGCUGUCCAUCUGGGUCAAGAAAUCCAAGCUCACAAGGGUUUAAUUAAAGUCAUGAAAUUCAGCCCGUCAGGCUGGUAUUUGGCAACUGGUGGUGAGGACUGCAUUGUACGGAUAUGGCAGAUUAUGGAAGUGGAAGCAUCUUCGAAGUUGCAUGGGGGAGACAACCCUCAGAACUAUGAUGAUAAAAUUACAAUCAUCAAAACGGAACUAGGAAGAGGGAAGAAUCAUGCCCUUGCAGUAGUGCCAAAGAAGGGUUUCCGCAUUUCAGAGACUCCAUUACAUGAAUUCCAAGGCCAUACAGAUGAUAUCCUGGAUAUGGCAUGGUCAGAGUCAGAUUAUCUCUUGACCUCAUCAAAAGAUAAGAUGGUGCGUUUGUGGAAAGUUGGCUGUGAUGGUUGUCUUGGACUGUUUAAACACAAAGACUACGUGACAUGUGUUCAAUUCAAUCCUAUCGAUGAAAGAUACUUCAUCAGUGGUUCAAUAGAUGGAAAAGUUCGUGUUUGGGAUGCUUUGGAUAAGAGAGUAGUUGACUGGACUGAUACACGGAAGAUCAUAACUGCUCUUAGUUACCAACCGGAUGGAAAGGGCUUUAUUGUUGGCACUACUUCUGGAGAAUGCCGCUUUUACGAUCAAUCAGGUGAAAACAUCCAACUAGACAAAGAAUUGUUUAUGCAAGGGAAGAAGUCUGCUGUCCAUCGGGUCAACAGUCUGCAGUCACGUUCAAGUGAUUCCUCUAGGAUUACAAUAACAUCAACGGGUUCCAAAAUUCGAGUUGCCGAUGGUGUUGAUAUCAUUCAAAAGUUUGAAGGGCCUUGGAAUUUGAAGGCUCUUUCUUCACCAUCUUUAACAUCAGAUGGAAGAUAUCUCAUAUCUGCCGGAUUGGAUUCCAAUGUCUACAUCUGGAACUUUGACAUUCCAAGUGUCGCCGAUCAUAAAGGCGAAGCUAAAUCGGUUCGCUCCUGUGAGAAAUUCUUCUCCAAGGACGUGACAACCGCGGUACCAUGGCCCGGGCUGCAUCAAGAAAGACAGCAGGUGAAGAAUUCUUCCAGCCUGACUGAAGAAUCCGUCAGUUCACCCAUUUUGCACCGCCACGGGGAACGCCGUUCCCCCGCAGCGCGGUGUUUCGCUGACGGCAUGAAGGGUACUCCGACAUGGCCGGAGGAGAAGCUUCCACCUGCAAAAGCCGCUGAUGCCCCACGACUGUCUGACUGUCUCUCCACGAUCUCGCCUGCUUGGAACACGGUGAUCGUGACUGCAAGUCGAGACGGUGUGAUCAGGUCUUUCCACAACUACGGCUUGCCUGUGAGAUUGUGAUGAUCUGCAAAUGCAAGGCAAUCAGCUUUGGUAUAGUCUGACUCUGAUUUGCGUGCGUGCGUGAGUGUGUUCGCUGAAGAAGAAGCUACAGAAAACUGUAGCUUUGGUGAUAGCCUUUACUAACACAGUAAAGUUUUUUUGUUGGUAGUAGAUGGUAGGAAGGUGAGGAGAGGAUCUUAUUUUUUUUGUACUGCGAAUUCAGAAUCUGAACUUGUGGUGCUUGUCGAAAUGAGGUGGUCAAUCCAGAAGCGUUUUUUCCCUCUUGUCCA